UAAAAGAAAUACUUUGAGGAGGAAAUAAUAAAUUCGGGCCAUUGCACUGGAGAUUUUCACAAGGUGCCCAGCUGAGGUACCCUAUUUUGGGCUCCUGUACCAAAGUUUAUUUAGGCCGCAUCAACCUCCUCUUGCCUCUUCCAUAAGACGCAGGCGAAGGAGACACACAAGGUGCACAGGGAAGGACGUAGGGAGGGGAGGGACGCGUAGCCUUUGAAACCUUGCCCGGCGCGCGAGUCGCUUUCUCACUUCAAAGUCGGUGCAGCGCUGGAGAGAAGAGCGACGCGCAGGCAUCUCGGACUCUCGCCCUCCACCGGGCGUGCUAGGCGGCGAUGCUGCUUCGCCAGAUUCCCAAGUUCGGGAUGUCGAUGGCGGGCGCCCGCCAACGCCGCCGCCGCAGCAGUCCAGCACUGAUAAAUUGAGAUACUGAGGUAAAUAAAACGACGCCAAUAUGUUCAGCGUAGACGACCUUCUGAUUUCUCAUGGAUACAAGCCAUCUAAAUCUCCUACCAAUUCAUCUGGAGCUACUGGAGGUCAGCAUGAAGAUACUGGUAGGCAGUCUGGUCAGGCAACCAAGAAUGGUUUGCCAAUCCAUCCUGGAGCCAUACCCAAGACUAAUAAAGCAAGAAGAUAUCUAAAUGACAACGAGAACAAGCUUGCCGUUCGAGGGAAGCCAAGGAACACCAACCAUGAAUAUUUCUCAGAUCCAGGCAAUGUGCAAGGAGGGCUUUAUGACCAAUCACUAAGUAGGUCUUCGCCCUCCAAGAAAGAGAAAGAUUUUGCCUCCUGGAAACGACAAUGCCAUGAUUUCAGCGUAUAUGAUUAUCCUGGCAAAGUAGACAAUGAAAUAAGAGGAAUGGGUGCAACCUGUGCCCUGUUUGACAAUGAGAACAAAGUUCAGUGGGAAAAUGAAGAAAGAUUAGAAAAUCUGAGGAGUAACAAACAGGAGGCCAUGAAACCUCCUGGUGACUACAGAAGGCAAAGUUUAAAGAUGGAAACUUGGAAACAACCAAGUGCAUUUGGGCGACGUGAGCAUGAUACAGAUAAUAAAAAAAGGCUGCUUCAAGAUGUGUAUUCAGGAAGAGAAAACAUUGCGGCUUCCCAUGUUAAGAAUAAACCACAAUCUUUCCCAGGAUUUUUUUCAUCAGAAAAUUCUAACUUUGCUGAAAUUCCUGCCGUAGCCAGUAGUAAAGAGCAUAUAGUAAAGCCUGAGCUGGAAUCUUUGAAAUACUUUGAACCAGCAACUAGGCAACCAGUAACUAGGCCCAAGUAUGGCAGACCCCUGAAGCCGCCACCUUAUGAAUAUCAUCAACAGAGUAGGGGCAUUAUAGAAACCAAUCCACCACAGGACGAACAGCAAAAAAGAAAAACUACUUUCUAUGUGACUAAAGUCGAUGAACCAGAUCAAGAUUCAACCUUAGGACCCCCCUUGUAUGUGCCCCCACCAUCUUACAAAUCUGGUCAGCAAAGUAAAAAUGAUAUGUCCAAAGAAGUGCCUGAUUACAGUGAGUGCUUUCCCAAGGACGUGCAAACUAUAGAUCAGGAUAUUUCUAUUAGUUCCGGGUCUUCGGUUAAUCAGCUACAAGAAGAUGAAGAAUCAAUUUCGAAUAGUGAAACACAGGUGAGAUGUCAGGAGAAACAACAGUCUUCUGUUCAAUAUAUUCCUUUCGAUGACCCUCGAAUACGGCACAUUAAAGUAAUACAUCCACCUGACCAUCAUCAGAUGGAGGAUCAAGCAGAAGAUGCAAAUAACAGUAGUGUCUUCCAUAAAAAUUAUGUGGAUCAGGAGUUCAAUGAUGUAGAAGUUGAUUUAUCAGACUCAAUAAACCCUGCUCUAAAAAGCAACCAGGUCUCUGGUAGAAGCAAAUGGUUGGUUGAAACCAGUGACGAUCUGGAUAGUGGUGCCUUGUCCACCCAAAGAGGCUCUUAUGACACAGGCAAGAAUCUGAACUCUUCAUAUCUCAAAGCAAGGUCAUCUGCUCAAAGCCCAGGUGCAACAGAACUCUCCUCUGAGAUUUUUACGAAAGUGAAAACCUUUGAACCUGGAACUGAGAUUCAAGGCAAAAACAAUCUGAAGAAAAAAACAAGUGAAGCUAUGUUUUGCUUGGUGUAUGUCCCACCUCAAUCUGAACUGAACAUGGCAGGUGUUGAUAGGAAUAACAAUGCAAUACAGGGUUCCGCUGAACUUUAUGAAAAUGACAGCAAUAGAGAUCUGAAAGAACAGAGUUUCCUAAGUACGUCUUCUACUGAUUUAGAGCUCGAAGCCCUUACAGGAAACAUGCUCAAUAAAAAUGUGUUAGAGAAACAAGAUUUUCAGAGACCAGAGUUCAAACAAAUGAAUUAUUUCAGCUGCAAGCAGCCUCCAAAGCACAAAGGGCUCGAGUAUUCUGGCUCAUUGCCAUGCACUAGGUAUAAGGACCAAGAAACACAAACCUGUUUCAUAGAAGAACCCCAAAUUCAGCAGCCACUCCAAGGGCCGCAGCAUGGAUCACAACUUAGGAAAUCAAAUACACUGACCAAUGGCCACUUCUUAAAGUAUGGGUCAUCUACUACAGAACCUGCACCGAGUAGAUUACCUAUUAGUAACAGGAAAGAUAGACCAAUUCCUCCCCCUAGGAAAACUCAGUUUAACAAGCCCAGCAAACCUGAGUCUCCUAGGACUGUGGUCAGCUCCAAAACAAGCCAGAAUGAGUUGUGUGCUACAUCCACAGGGCUUCCUGGGCAGAAAAAUGAACCCAGUUUUGCCCACAAGGAAGAAAGGAAAUCACCUUGUAGUGUCAAAGAAGCCUUUGGGCAAUUUCUCUUGAAGCCUGUAAGCAGAAGGCCUUGGGAUGCAAUAAGUGAACUGGAAAGCUUUAAUAAGGAAAUACAAAACCAAGACGAAAGUAGUGAGGAUGAUAAAGAAAAUGACCAGAGGCAAGAUAGAGAAGGAGAUAAAAAAGUGGAAAAGGCAGAGGGAAAAGCAUGUAGAGUGGAUGAAGUCAGCCAAGACCAUAUAUGUAGUGCAGAGGCGAAAAAAGUAAAACCAGCCACUUCUCUGUUUAAAAAUGGGACCAAUAAAAGUAAAUCCAAAAGUGAAAGCGGUUCUAAAAUCCCAGAGACAAGAGUUGUACUUGGUGAUCUUAGGAAUGUUAGAUCAGAGGCGCGAGAAAUGGAUAAAUCAGUUAAAGAAAAAAAGGGAAAUGAUCUAAAUCAAAGACAGGAUAAUGCAAGAAAGAUUAUUAAACAGGCUAUCAGUCUGCAUCCAAUGAAAUCAAAUGUUUCGGGUCGUUGGGAGAGUGGAAAUUCUAAACCACUCAACCGCAUUAACUCUGGGGAAGGAAGUGUUGAAAAGGAUAAGGAGUUUGAUAAGAUGAACAAAAUAGCAAGCAGGAAUACCCCUGCUUCAAAAACAGCAUCUGUAGCCCCAUUAUCUUUUAAAAAAAGGAACCAGGGGCGCUCUGAGCCAAAUUUGAGAUCUGCUGGCCUGGAUGUCAAUGAAGGAACAAACAUUCCAGGUUCUUCUACAAAGAAGAUUUUGUCAAAUGAAUCCCUUCGCACAAGAGCCUCUAGGAUCCUGGGCAUAGAGGUAGCUGUGGAAUCUCUAACAGCUGAUAACAAAACUCUUCCUGAUGGUGGAGCCAAUAAAAUGGCACAGAGCCGUAAAUUGUCAGACAAAAAGAUACCAAGGGCUGAAAUGAAAAUAAAUGUGGCUUCUUCCAAAGGAAAGCCAAAAAGUGGCUGGUCGAAAAGCACUUUGAUUGGAGAAAACAACUUUGGAUCAGUGAAGAACCAGUGUAGUGGUGAAGAAAAGUUGGCACGUGAACAAUAUUUUCUUGACAAACAUCAAGAAGACCAUGCUCCCACUCUUGAAUCUGCUGUGCUUCCCCUUGCUGGAAGAAAAUCGCUCGCCUCAAACAUAGAAAAGAAAACUAAAAGCAUUUCAAAGGUAACUGUGCCCAGACAAGGCAAAGUGGCCUCUGCUGUAAGCCGAGCAGCUAUGGAUCGCAUAGCGCGGAUGAAAGAAGUUGAUUCAGUUUCUCGUAUGAGACGUCUCACUAUAAAGAAUGCUGAGGACAGAGACGAAGAGAGGCAAUUAAAGGAAACAGAAAGGAAAGGAAAUGAUUCCGCCGUUGUCAGCACUGAAUUGCCCCGCAAACUGUCCCAAGGCAGUUGCGUUUCCAAGCGUAUAAUCUCACUGGAUGAAAAUGAACAUCUAGGCCAUACAAAUGCAAAGAAAAAUGGAAAAGAUUUACCUAGCUCAGAGGCCUAUGAUCCGAGCCAGGUUGAAAGGGUGUGAUACAAAAAGAGCUGGAUUUCAAGAGAUUUCAAAUCUUUGUGAGGCAUUUUGCUAAGUGGCACCAUGUGGAAAUAUCCUUAAGCCUCAAUGUUUAGAGAGUGUUACCUGCUAGAGGAGGAAAACAAGUCUUUAUAGAGAAUGUAUGCUUUCUGAAACUUUUAUGGAAGAGUGUGUGUAUAUAUGCACGCACACAAAGAUCUCUUAAUCUGGAACCAUCUGUUUUUCAAAGCAUUAAGAUUUAAUGCCUCUACUUGGCAUGGAUUGGCCAUUUUUAAACUGAAUUGAAUAGUGUUCAGUCAGAAUGGUAAAUAGAAUUUGGGAGGGGCUCAGGGAAAGGGUUGCUUAUUUCUCUGUAAAAAAUGUAAACAGGAGAGAUUAAGAAAAUUAUUUUUGAAAAAAGAAUGUGAAUUUCUAAGUUAAAUAUCCAAACUUCUGAACUCUCAGCCUUGUUGAACAUUGGCCAUAAAAUGGGUUGCAAGAGAACCACUGGUGCCUUUUCAGUUCAAGGGGAUGCCUGACAACAGGACUGAAUGCCGACUGACCAACUGUGAAAUCAAUUGGGACUUGGUCUGAAACGGCUUUGAGUGGAAUUUCUUCCUUCUUGCAUGUCAAGACUAUGCAGACAAAUGGCACCCUUGGAAGAGGUGAACCCAAAAUAUGGCAGAUCAUUUUGCCGCCUCUGACCUCUGAUCAAGUCAAACCAGCAUCAACUCCACUUUGACUGCUGUUCUACCCUCGCUGUUGUGUAGUUCAUUCUGUUUCCUUUUUCUCUUUGUAGUUUGGGCACCACCAACUCACUUGUUUGUUACAGCACACAUCCUUUUCUAAUCUAAGCAACCUUUUUGCAAAAUGUGAUGUAAUUUUCUAUAAUGUAGGCGGUCUACCAGUUCUUGGUAAGGUCUUCCCCUCCCCUCCCUUCUGCUCUUCUUAUGUGAGUUUUUCAAAGAAACUACAUAAGAAGAAUUUAUUUGUGCAUCUUCUACACAUUCCACAUUAGCUUCUAUCUACAGCUGCCAUGCUGUGUACAUAAUAUUCGAUCCUGUGUAUAAACAGUCUUACAAAGGAGGUACCUAAAUCUAGACAGGCUUAAUUUUCUUAUUGCUUGGAUUGGUCCAAGGAUGUUGGUGGUGUUGGUUCAACUGAUCACUUUCUACCCAGUUAAUUGCCAAAAAUUAAAAAGAUCAGUUUAAUAUAUUUGCAUCCUUAAGUAUGUAAAUUUUGUUUCUAGUGAUGCAAAUACUGAAGCCUUGUGCUACAAAUGUACCCAUUUAUAGAAAUAGGAGUCCUUUGCCACUAUUUAAUUCUUGGAGAAAAUCUGGGACCAUCUCUAUGAAAUAACAAGGGAUAACACUUGUUUUCACUUGCUUUUAUGGCAACUCUAGCAAUAAGCAACAAAAGAAUAUAUAAUUUCAAUCAUUGAUGCUCAGUGCCAUUUAUAUGUUGAUGUGAUUUGUGCCUAUAUUUGAAACUCUUAAGCCAAAUUUAUAAGCACCCAUCUUGGUACAGAAACUCAAACAAUUGCCUUGCCUUUAUGUUUGAAUGUUGUAUUUAUACCUGUUUUGUUUAAUGGCAAUACGUAUAGGAUCCAUAUUUGUAAGCACACAAAGAGUUAUUUUUGUCACUUAAAAACACUUUAUGUUGGAUUUAGGGCAAACUUUAUUCAUUUCUCCAGGAGUAAUAAGCAAUUUAAAUUACUCAAUGUUUAUGUAUCUGUUAUUCUUUUUAUUUGCUAAUAUACUUCUGGAAAUAGUAUCCUA